AUGGUCUGUAUUGCGCAACUUCCGUUUGAUGAAGCGAAAAUAAAGUUUGUAUCGAACAUGCCUAAGUUAAAUAAGAAAAGUUCGGUGUCCAAGAAACGUCAUGUUCCAUACGCUAAAGGCUUCACCCCUCCCACCAACAGAAUCCAGCUGGCAGCCAUUGGGAAUGAUCAGAAUUUAGCAGAGUUUUCUCCAGGUUCUGACGAUGAUGGUUUCUUCUCGCCAGUUCCUCAGCCAUCAGACAUAGAUGAUUGGCUGGCCCAGUACUGUGAGGAAGGGCAGACAUACAGACAGUUUUAUCGAGAGUGCCCAUGGCUCUCAUCAAGGAAAUGGGUUUACACCAAACAGAAAUUCAAUUCAAAAGGGAACACCAUUCUUGAGAAAUAUCCAGAGGGUAAAAUCUACUUACUUCCUCUUGGAAAAUUCGAUAGUGAUCAUUGUGUGGAUUUUAAUCACCUGCAAGAAUUUUCACAAAUUUAUCUGGGCAUUGAUGUUGUUUCUAUGCCUGGAAUCAAACUUGAUAUCACUAACAACGUCGUUUCAUGGAUUGAGGACAGUCUCCCAGAUGAAUCUUCUAGAGGUCAGAGAACAAGCAGUAGGAUCAAGAAGCAAACAUUGAAUGCUAGAUUUAAUUCCAAACCAAAGCACUACCAGAUACGAGUAGAUGAAGUCUUAUUAAAAUUGAAAAGAAAAAUUCCAGAUGAUGCUCUUUGCAUGAUUGGCUUGACAAUGUCAGAUCUCUAUGGUGACGAGACCGACCUCUUUGUAGCAGGGAUGGCAGCUGGAAAACACAGAGUGGCUAUUUUUAGUUUUUCUCGAUAUGACCCGACAUUGACUUUUGAUAUUGGGGAUUGGUAUGGCAUAAAGCAGGAUUUAAAUGGAAUCCAUGGUGAAGAGCGAAAGAGAAUAAUCUUACAGAGGAGCUGCAAGCUGUUGGUACACGAGAUCGGGCACCUGCUGGGAAUUGACCACUGUAUUUACUACGACUGCUGCAUGAAUGGGUCAGGACACCUACGGGAAGAUUUCAGUCAGCCCAUUCAUCUUUGUCCGGUAGAUCUACACAAACUGCAGACCUUAGUGGGAUUUGACAUCAGGGAGAGAUAUCAGAAAUUGCUCGUAUUUUAUGAAAAACAUGAAAUGUGUGACGAGGCUGAAUGGGUCAGAAAGAGGCUUCAGUAUUUAGACACCUCUAAAGGAAGUUUAUGAUGUGUAAAGGGAAUAGUUUGAUUUCUAAAGUACUGACUGAUUUACUUGUCAAGCAAAUUUAUUUAAUUUAAAUGAUGUGUUUUGAUUUUUUUUACUUUCCCAGGGAUGCUGGAGGAACUUGAACUGUGAUAUAUUACAUAUAAAUCCUAAUGUCUGUGAUUCUUUAUCUACCUCUAUAGAAUUUUUGUCUGAAAUAUGUCACAUUAUGCAUUUCUUUGAUUAAUAAAUACCGUAAACAGAG